AUGAUAGCUAAUGUCCAGGAUUGGUUUGUGGCCAUUGCUAGCGGUAACGAGGAUGACGUCAGAGAAUUUAUGAGUGAGUACGUAGGCUCUAGAGAUGAAACAGGAGACACUGCUCUCAUUAUAGCGGCGCGCAUGGGGGAAGCAGGAAUAGUGCGCCUUCUUUCUACUACUCAGGAAGUUGGCCUCAUUAACAAGGAAGGAUGCACAGCGCUGAUAGCAGCGGCAAUGUCUAACAAGCCUGAAACAUGCGAAAUCUUGGUAACCCUAGAAAAGCACAUACCCCUUCGGGACGGGCGCGAUGCCUUAAUGCUAGCCGCCUUCAUGGCCAACUAUGAGGCAGUGUCUGUUCUGGUAAGGCACAUGGCAUUGGUUGAAGAUGAGAACCAGAUGAAUGCUCUAGAUUACGCCGUGGUAGGAGGAUCGCUGAACGUUGUGAGGGCUAUUGUGGAGGCCCAGGAUAGCAUAGAUGAUAAGCUAGAGUAUGCCAUUUUUUUAGCAACAGAGCCCAUCAGAGAAGAUAUCCUAGAGUAUCUCAAGCAAUUUAAAGGCGCUUCACCCUCCGACCACCGACAGGCAGAUGCAUCUGCCAGGUCUCCUGUGGGUACCCAGUCUCUCAGCAAGCUCGAAGAAGAGCUUCGGCAAGUUCUCGAAGAACGAGAUACCAUCGCAGAUGAGCUUACCACUCUGAAUCUUCAUCUAGGAGCACUAUUUACGUCUCUUGGAGCCCUUCGGAAGAAGCGCCUUGCCAUAAGUACUACGGGGUCUACCUUCUCAUCCACGCUGACAACGGGAAAUAAUAGCACUUUACUGGCAGCUCAGCCACAGAUAACCUCUGAGCAAUCUCAACUACAAGACAUAACAACACUACCGGAAGCCAUAAAUGAGCUAGAACUCCUCCUUACAGUGCCUUUUGGAGCCGGCUCCGCAGAUAUCUACGAGGAAAUAGAAGACCAAAUAAAACAGCUGAGCAGAGCCGUUGCUGAGCUGCAGGAUCUGAAUGCUGCCAAGGAUGAAGAGAUAGCAGAGCUCAAACGUGCGUUAGAGUGUGAUAUAGAUGGCAAUGUUACGGAGGCGAUUGCCCAGAAAGAUGCGCAAAUAGAGGCUCUACAAGCAAAGGUAACUGACCAGGAGGCUAAGCUCGAUAGCUAUGCUCUUGAAUUGGAAGCUGCAAAGAGGUCUGAGAACAGUGUGCCGGCUCUUAAGGCAGAGUUAAAACUCAAGGACAAAGUUAUCAGCGGAUUGCUAUCAACAAUCCAAAAACAAGAAAAAAGUUUUUCGGCAAUAAGGUCUGCCUUUCAGCAGAAAGAAGUGGAGACCCAAAAGUAUAGGACUGCUAUCGGCUGCUCUGAGUCGACGGUUAAGAACCUUAUCACAGCCAACGACUACGAGCGAGCACGCUUCAGUGCCCGUAACUCCCUGGUGAUAAACUCCCCAGUGAGGCUUUCUGGCGCAUGGGGAUCUAUGCUUUCAGAUGGCGCCACCCCUGCCAUGGACAGGCCUGCAAUGGCUCCGGCAAGCAUUAGGCAAGCAUCAGCUGCCGGCGAGCCUCCAGAGGAAGCUGCAAAGGAGCCCAAUCCCGCUUCUAUAGCCAGCAUUUCUCGUCUGUGUGCUAUAAGGUCGCCCACCUCAGGUCAGCGCAGCUCUACUCGCGUGAGGAGUACGCGUAUGACUAUGAGUGAAGAGGAGCGAGCGGAGCUACGGAAGAGCAUACGCAUGAAGAUGACGGAAAACAAGAUGCUGAAGGAAGCCCUUAUUAAUGCUAGCCCUUCGGACACAGAGGCAAGAGUCCUUCGGGAGGAAAUAGAUAGGCUAAAAGAUUUGUUGAGAGCCAGUUCCCCAACUGGGGAGAAACGCGAUUGA